AGGAAGUCGAGGAAACAUCGGACACUCGGCAGCUGCUUCACCUGUCGUUUCUCCUUCCCGAUCUCUUCGGUUUCGCCCGUCUUUACCUUUGGCCUGUUUCUUUGGGUUUAAUUAAGUCUGAUGCCCGUCAUUUGACUGUCCCUUUCUGGCUUUGACGCCCUGUUGUACAUUUCGCUCCCAUCCUUCAUCUCCAAGCUCAUGCCCGCGCUCUGCGAGAGCUUCCACACCUCGAAGCCAUCCUCCCUUACCACAUUGACACCGACAUGAGGCUACUGUUCACCGCCCUGGGCGGCCUGCUCAUACCUCUGCAGUCUGCCGCAAUGGCCUUCGCCCAGGAGACCACCGAAAAGGCUGCGUCCGAUCUCAAAUGCGUCAUGUAUCUCACCGGCCAACACCCCAAUGUCCCCUCCAGAGAGCUUGUGUCUCACAUCACCCACGUGGAGCUGGCUUUCAUGAACUCGGACACCUUCAACAAGGACGUGGCCGAGUGGCCCCUCUUCACCACCGUGGAUAAGGUCCGCACACAGUUCAUGCCUGGCACAAAAGUCAUGGUCGCCAUUGGCGGCUGGAGCGACACCAAGGGCUUCGACACCGCCGCCCGUACCCCCGAGUCGCGGAGGAAGUGGGCCCAGAAUGUUGCCGACAUGGUCAAGGCAACAGGUGCUGACGGCAUUGAUAUGGAUUGGGAAUAUCCUGGUGGCAAUGGCGAGGACUACAAGGUCAAGAACAGCACCAACGAGGAUAAGAAGUGGGAGAUUGAGGCAUACCCCUUACUGCUUGAGGAGGUCCGCAGACAGCUCCCCAAGGGCAAACUCAUCUCCGCUGCGACUCCGGGUCUCGAGCGCGACAUGAUCGCCUUCACCAAGGAAACGGUCCCUCGUAUCAUCCGCAGCCUCGACUUUGUCAAUGUCAUGACCUACGACAUGAUGAACCGCCGCGAUAAUGUGACCAAACAUCACACAGGCAUGGAACUGUCCAGAAUUGCCGUCGACAAUUACAUGGCCCGAGGAGUCCCGGCUCACAAGAUUAAUCUCGGUUUUGCCUUUUAUACCAAGUGGUUCAAGACGACGGAUUGUCCAGAGGGUAAAGAGGUUGGAUGCCCAACGCCCCUCAUGGAGGAUCCCGUUACGGGUGGAGAUCUGGGUCAGACGGGAGGCUUCAGCUGGAACGACGGGGUCCAAGAGGACGUAAAAGCUUCGUUCGAGAGAGCUCAAAAAGAGGGCAAGUAUGAUAAGGAGGGCGGAGGCUACUACUACCUUGACAGGGCCGAGAGGCGGUUCUGGACAUACGAUACCCCCGAUGCGAUCCUGCGCAAAUUCCCCGCCCUUGUCGACGACAAGAGACUCGGUGGCGUAUUCGCUUGGGGCCUGGGCGAGGACGGCCCCGAGUACAACAAUCUCAAGGCGGUCAACAAAGGCCUGGCGGAGCGCAGGGGCAGAGGAAGCUUGCCUUGGGGCCCUGGCCCUCACGAGGCUGAUGAGCUUGCCAAUCGUGCACCGUAGCACGUGAACUGAGGACGCCGACUGAUGGAUCUGAGUCUGUGACUCUGGGCUUGGAUGAGGUUAUUGCAGUGUGGUUGACGAUAAGAAUGUUAAAAUGACGAAGUCGACUAGUGGCCUUCUCUUGCCCACUGCAGCGAGACGCAAUGAAAGCAC